GAAAUGAGACAAUUUAUGCAACAACAACAAAGAAAUGAGAGAAUUUUGUUUGAUGAGUUGCAUCACUUAAAGACCACAAUACUCACAAAGCCCAGGGGUGAAUGGGGAUUUGAUGAACAGAACAGUCAACAAACCCAUCAUCAUUCCCUGCCAUCGCCAAGGACCUUCUUACCAUCGUUGGGUGCAGUUGCGUCACCCGCAUUGUCUGCAGCUCCAGCCCAACCCAUGCCAGGUCUACAAGCAACGAGCCAGGUACCACAUCCCCCUUUUCGUCGAUAUCAUGAGCCUCGAAUUCCCGAAUUCGUAGAGGGUGAAGAUGUGGAGAGUUUCUUUGUUCGAUUUGAGCGUAUAGCAAGAACUUGGGGGUGGCCAACAGAUGAGUGGGCGGCUCGAGUGGUUACUCUGUUGACAGGCAAGGCUUUGGAAGCGUAUGCGGGAAUGGAUGAGCAGAGAGCUGGUAACUACGAGGACAUCAAGGCAGCGGUACUAGCCAAGUAUAAUGUGACGGAGGAGACUUAUCGGCUGCGUUUCAGAGGCCUAACCAUACCAUCUGGGGAAUCGGUGAGAGAGACAUACACUCGAAUAAAAGGCCUGUAUAAAAGAUGGAUGCGACCGGAGACAAAGACCAAAGAUCAAAUUGCAGAGACCAUCAUUCUAGAACAAUACCUGCGGAUGCUUCGUCCAGAUGUAAGGGUUUGGGUGAAAGAAAAUCAACCUCAGACUGGUGAGGAAGCAGCGAGAUUGGCGGAGAGGUAUAUUGCAGCACACCGGGAACCACCGCCCAGGACUAAUAAAGUUACUGUGGGUAGGGGUAAACUGGAGGAGACCAGUGAUAGCACUGCAGUGCUCGGGGGAAGGAAGCCUCCUGUUGCUGCGGGGUCUUUGAUUUGUUUUUAUUGUCAACAACCUGGUCAUAAGGCCUCUUUCUGUCCCCUAAGAAAAUCUAAGGUAACCAGUUUGUGUUAUGUACCCAGAAAUGACCUGUCAGGUGAAUUAUUGACCCAACCUGAAAAGCAUAGACAUGUGAUACCUGUAACAGUAAACGGCCAGUCAGCUCAGGCACUAGUAGACACAGGAAGUACCCAAACAUUGGUGAAGCCUCAUUUAUUGAGGGGCAUAAUGAUGAAUUUUGGGGAAACAAUUUGUCUGGGAUGUGUUCACGGGGAAGAAAAAGUUUACCCAACUGCUGAUGCAACUAUAGUUGUAGAUGAUCAAGCAUAUUUGCUGAGGGUGGGUGUGGUUGAAAAACUAGCCUAUGAUGUGGUGCUAGGUGAAGAUUUUCCCCUUUUACUUGACCUAAUCAAUGUAUCCUCCAAACCUUGUGCUGUAGUCACACGAUCACAGAGCAAGGGUUUACAGCCACUCCCUGAGGCUCAUCCAGAUUUGUUUGGUUCUGGGGGUAAGGUUAAGAAGAGUAAGAGAGUACGGAGACAGGAAAAACAUAGGGGUAAAAGUAAGAGCCUGGAAAACAUACCAGAUUUCCCUGGUCCUGGUCCAGAUUUGAUUGAACCUCAAUGGCAGGUCCCUGACAGUUUUAGAGAAUUGCAAAAAUCAGAUGACACUUUACAAUCACUGUUUAAGAAAAUCUGUGAGAUUGAUGGUAAAGAGGUGGGAGCACCAAAAUUAGGUGGAGAUCGAUAUAUCUUAAAAGACAAUCUUUUGCAAGUUCGAGGGCCUCUGGACAUGCUCAAGGAGGGAUGGACCACAGCGGACCCAGCUCAGUGCAGUGUAGCAUCCUAUAUUUUGCAGAUGAGGGACAAACUGGAGAAGUUCCGACAAGAGGCUCAAGAGAACCUGCAAAUGGCCCAAAAGAAACAGAAGGUAUGGUAUGACAAACAUGCCAGAGAAAAAGACUUGUCCCCUGGGGAAAAAGUUCUAGUAUUGUUACCUUCUGGUACUUGCAAGUUACUAGCCAAGUGGCAAGGACCCUAUGUGGUAAAUCGGCGUUUGGGCCCUGUAACAUAUGAGAUUUUGUGUCCUGAAAGGAAACAUCCUAAGCAGAUCCUACAUGCCAAUUUGCUUAGAAAGUUCAAGGAAAGGUUACCGGAAUCUGAGAAACAAGUGACUAUGUUGGUGCGGGCGGUGGAUGACGAAGUAGAUGAGGUGGAGAUGGAACCAAUUCGACCCUCAGAGGAAAAUCCAGCCCUCUAUGCACAUCUGAGUAAUCUGGAACAACAACAGCUCAUGAAGGUAUGUCAGUCUUUUCCAACGUUGUUUCAAGAAAGACCAGGGUUGACAGCGGCUAUCACCCAUAAUAUCAUCUUAAAAGAUCCUACCCCAGUUCGUCAGAAACCCUAUAGAGUUCCUGAAAAGAUGGUCGAGAAACUGAAGACUGAAGUCAAGAUGAUGCUAGAGAUGGGAAUCAUCGAACCCUCACAGAGUGAAUGGUCAAGUCCAAUCCUUCUGGUCCCCAAGAAGGACGGUGGAGUAAGAUUUUGUACGGACUUUAGAAAGCUCAAUAGUGUGUCCUGCUUCGACUCAUACCCAAUGCCCCGCAUAGAUGAACUCAUAGAACGAUUGGAUCUGACGAAAAAGAGUCCUUCCAAGUUCCACUGGACCAGGGAGUGUGAAGAAGCUUUUGUAGCACUCAAAGACUUAAUAUGUCAAGAUCCCAUUCUGCAGAGUCCUGACUUUUCAAAAAGGUUUCUUGUACAGGUGGAUGCUUCAGAUGUUGGCCUAGGAGCAGUUUUGGCCCAAGGAGAGACUGGAA